AGAAGAGCGACGCCGAAAUGAAGAAACUAAUAGCCUGUGUUAUAGCGAAGGUUCCAGACGCUAGCAGUUUCUACGACACGCUCGACAAAAUGAUCAAGGACCUCGGAUGCACUGAAAGGCUCUGCGCCGUGCGAAAGCUGUGCGGCCACGAAGAUGUGGAGGGGGCCUUCAAGAAAUAUAUUACAGCUGCUCAGCUUGAACUGUUGCAUGGCCUGGUAGACAGCUGUUCCCACUGA